AUGGCAGUGUGCCUGCGUGCGCUGUGUCCGGCGCGGGACACGUCCGCGGGGCCCCGGCGGCGCAAAAGCCAUGAGGGCCCGACGCAGGAGGCCAUCGCAUUGCUGAUGCCAUGGUGUCACCUCUGGGCAGAGCCUGCUGAGGACUCGGAGGAUGCGGAGGAGGAAGAGGAGGUGGAGAGUAAAGACCCGCCAAAAAAGCUCAAGAAGAAACUACCCAAAGAGCCCCCCUCGGGUGAGAGCCGGGAGAAGAAGCUGAAGCCAAAGGGAGACAAGGGUGACCUUGACAGCAAAGCCAAAUCUGCCAAAAGCACCAAGAAGGAGCCAAUGUCCAUGUUCCAGGUGAAUGGGGAGAAGAAAGAGAAGAAGAUCAAGAAAAAAGCUGACAGCACCCAGUGCUGCGUGACGGUGUCCUCCAUAUCUCCUCCAGCUGCCACCAGCAGUGAUGAGGAGGAUGAUUCCGACUCCAGCACCAAACCCAUCAGGUCGGAAAAGAAAAAAAACCCUGCAUCCCUCUUCCAGACUGGUGGGGACCCCCCCAGGGAGAAGAAAACCAAAAAGAAAGCUCCUCCCAAAGCAGCCGAGAGUGAGGAUGAGACCCCGGAGACCCCGCAGAAAAACUCCAACAAGAAGGGGAAAGGGAAGAAAUCAAAGAAGCCCAAGGAGGAGAGAGCCCCAUCACCCGUCAUUGAGGUGGACAACCUGGAGGAGUUUGUGCUGCGCCCGGCAGCACAGGGGGUGACCAUCAAGUGCCGGGUGACACGGGACAAGAAGGGGAUGGACCGGGGGCUUUACCCCACCUACUACCUCCACUUGGAUAAUGACAAGAAGGUAUUCCUCCUUGCUGGGAGGAAGCGGAAGAAGAGCAAAACGUCCAACUACCUUAUCUCCAUUGACCCCACUGACCUGUCACGGGGAGGAGAGAACUUCAUUGGGAAGCUGAGAUCCAACCUGAUGGGUACGAAGUUCACAGUGUUCGACAACGGUGCAAACCCCGACAGGGCCAACGCUGACUGGUCCAAUGUGCGGCAGGAGCUCUCGGCUGUGGUCUACGAGACCAAUGUUUUAGGGUUCAAAGGCCCCCGGAAGAUGACGGUCAUCAUCCCUGGGAUGAACUCUGACAACGAGAGGGUGCCCAUCCGGCCCCGAAAUGAUAAUGACGGUCUCCUGAUGCGAUGGCAGAACAGAAACAUGGACAACGUGAUCGAGCUGCACAACAAGGCACCGGUGUGGAAUGACGAGACUCAGUCCUACGUCCUCAACUUCCACGGCCGGGUCACUCAUGCCUCCGUCAAAAACUUCCAGAUCGUGCACAGCAGUGACCCCGACUACAUCGUGAUGCAGUUCGGGCGUGUGGCGGAUGAUGCUUUCACCAUGGACUACAACUACCCGCUCUGUGCUGUGCAGGCCUUUGCCAUCGCCCUCUCCAGCUUUGACGGGAAGCUGGCCUGCGAGUAG